CUCAACGCCAUAUUAAUCGGAAGUCAGAUUACCAGCGAGGUCACGAGGAAGAAAGUCAGUUAAAUAUGCAAAGACAAAUACUUUUUUCAUUUCAGUGACUAGAAAUUCUUGCAUGAAAAAGCAACUUUGUUCGGCAAGGAAGAUGUCUCAAGAAACUAGUCCUACUGAAGAAGAAAAUGGAAAAGUCACCCGGAUUAUUCGCAUCGGAACCAGGAAAAGCCAGCUGGCUCGGAUUCAGACCGACAGCGUGGCCGAGAAACUGAAGGAGCUCUAUCCAGACUUGCAGCUCGAGAUCGUUGCCAUGUCAACAACUGGGGACAAAAUCCUUGACACUGCUUUAUCAAAGAUUGGAGAGAAGAGUCUGUUCACCAAAGAGCUGGAGAAUGCCCUUGAGAGAAACGAGGUGGACCUUGUUGUACACUCUCUAAAAGACCUUCCUACCUCACUGCCUCCUGGUUUCACAGUCGGUGCUGUUCUCCAACGUGAAAAUCCUCAUGAUGCUGUAGUGCUUCAUCCAAAGAAUGCUGGACUCACUCUGGACACCCUGCCAGAAAAGAGUGUGAUUGGUACGAGCUCACUCCGCCGAGCCGCACAGCUGAAAAAAAGGUUCCCACAGCUGGAAUUUGAAAACAUUAGAGGCAACCUGAAUACUCGUCUGAAGAAGCUGGAUGAGAAAGAUGACUACGCUGCCAUCAUUCUGGCUGCAGCUGGCCUCAAGCGCAUGGGCUGGGAGAGCCGUAUCAGUCAGGUUCUGGGUCCUGAAGACUGCAUGUAUGCUGUAGGCCAGGGAGCGUUGGCGGUGGAAGUGAGGGCAAGAGACGGAGACAUCCUCAAGAUGGUGUCCAUCCUUCACCACGCUGACACUGUGCUGCGAUGCAUCUCGGAGAGGGCUUUCCUCAAACAGCUGGAGGGAGGCUGCAGUGUACCUGUGGCUGUCUACACAGAAGUGAAGAACUCUGUGCUCUAUUUGACAGGUGCAGUUUACAGUCUGGAUGGUGCUGACUGCUUGAAGGACACCAUGCAAACCAACAUUGAAUUCGAUAACGUGGUACAUGACAGCGCAGAAGAGCACGCUCAUGUUGGGGUCACGGCCAACAACAUAUCGCUGACGGCUCUGAACGCUGCAGAAAAGCUGGGCGUUGAUCUUGCCAACCUGCUGCUCAGUAAAGGAGCCAAGGACAUCCUUACCACAGCCAGACAGCUCAACGAUGUCCGAUAAGGGCUUCUUUUCACCGCCAGCCAACCCUGAACCACAUGAUAAAGUUAACACUGCCAACAUGAAAAAUGCACACGUGUAUAUAUUCUCAAAGUGAAGGUCAUGGGCAUAAACAGUGCUGUUUAAAUGGGUGUAACAGAAUGAUUUGAUUGAUUGAUUGAUUGAUUGAUUGAUUGAUUGACUGUGUGCCUCUGUUUACCAAUCAAUGUCGUCACAACAGUUUUUUUCAGCACUGAAUGCAAUGAUGAUUGAUUUUUAUAUUUUAUUUUCAGUACUUUUACAGUACAAGAACAAAUCAUAUACGUGUUAAUUUCUUGACUGCCAUGUCAAGUAACUUGAACUCAAGUGCACUCAGAAAAAAAAAAGCUCUCUGGUUAUUUAAGGUUUCCUAAACAGGGUUUUUACAUGUAACUUUUUUUGUCCGAGUGUACCUGGUGUUCAAAAGAGCCGAGUCGUCUUUAAUAAUAAUAUUCUAUGCUGAAACCAAGGGUGUAUACAGAAAUAAGUUUUAAUGAGGCUGUACAUUUUAUUAUUUAGUCAUUAAGCAACUGGCAGCUUCGUUUAUUCUCUUCUAUGUUUGCAUUCUUGGGCCUGAACCUAUACUUUAUGUCCUCACUGCAGUAACACUUGGAGCCUUUGACUUUGAGCAAACUUGGGUCUGCCAGUAUUCGCCGCUGCCCCUUACGAGGCCUGGCACAGGUUAAAGAUGCCCAGGUUUUCAUUCGCCAUAGUUAUCAAGGUUGAAGGAAUAAAUCCUUUGUGUGAACAAAUUCCCAGCCAAGGCCUUUGGUGUUCAAAGUUUGCCUUUUUUUUUUUUUUUUUUGGUAGUUCGGCACCAUUGCUGUAAGACUAACACAGCGACUGCAGUUGUCUGCUUUAUUUACAGUGGUGCUUGAAAGUUUGUGAACCCUUUAGAAUUUUUGAUAUUU